AUGCCAGGGACCCUCCUGCCCCCGAGAUCUAACCGGCAACACGCACAGAUGGACCGAACGUCUGCCUCAGGGCCAGACCUUUACCUGAUUGCCGAUCAGGAUACUGUCUAUGAACAGGAUCUUCUUCGGGCUCCUGGCAGCAUCAAACCAUGGCUUGCCUACAUUGAAUACAAACAGCAGAAUGGGACACUCUACGAGCAGGCCUUUGUUAUGGAGCGUGCCUGUAAACAGCUUCCCAGAUCAUACAAGCUUUGGAAAAUGUAUCUGGAGUUUCGAAUAAACCACCUUCGGGGCCGUAAUGCGACAAAAUACCGUGGUGAAUAUCAGAAGGUGAACGCGCUCUUCGAACGAGCCCUCAUACUGCUGAAUAAAAUGCCGAAAAUCUGGGAGAUGUAUCUCUCUUUCUUGCUACAACAACCAUUGGUAACACAGACUCGGAGGACAUUCGACCGCGCGCUUCGUGCUCUACCGAUCACCCAGCACAACCGGAUCUGGAAAUUAUACAAAGCCUUUGCGCGAUCAGCAUCUGGACAAACAGCUGUGAAGAUAUGGGCUCGUUAUAUGCAAAUUCACCCAGAAAAUGCUGAAGAUUAUAUCGAGUUGCUCGUUGAGCUGGGCCAGUAUACCGAAGCUGUCAAGCGGUACUUGGAAAUCCUGGACAACCCGAGAUUUCAGUCGAAGAAAGGAAAGAGCAACUUCCAGCUUUGGACUGAGAUGGUAGACCUGCUUGUCUCUAAAGCGAAGCAGAUUCAGACCGGCCCUCAAGUCGGCAUCGAUGUUGACGCCAUCCUUCGGAGUGGAAUUGAUCGGUUUGCGGAUCAGAGAGGGAAGCUCUGGGCUGGGUUGGCGACUUAUUGGAUCACGAAGGGUAAUUUCGAGAAAGCACGCGAUGUGUUCGAACAAGGUAUUACCACCGUCAUGACCGUCCGCGACUUCACCCUGAUAUUCGACGCCUAUGUUGAAUUUGAAGAAUCGAUCAUUGGAAGCUUGAUGGAGGCCGCAGCAGUCCGGGCUGAUAAAGGCAAUGUCGACGAAGACGCUGAUUUCGACCUUGAUCUACGAAUGCUGAGAUUUGAACAACUUAUGGAUCGCCGGCCGUUCCUUGUCAACGAUGUCUUGCUAAGGCAAAAUCCCAACAAUGUCAUUGAAUGGGAGAAGAGGGUGGCUCUGUGGGGUGAUAACAAAGAAGAAAUUGUCAACACAUACACCGCCGCCAUCGCUGCAAUCAACCCGAAGAAAGCUCAUGGAAAGUUUUCUGAACUCUGGGUCAACUACGCCAAGUUCUACGAGAGUGGUGGAGAUUUGGACACCGCUCGAGUCAUUUUCGACAAGGCUGUCAAGGUUCCCUUCAAAUCUGUCGCCGAAUUAGCAGAGACAUGGUGUGAAUGGGCUGAGAUGGAACUUCGAAGUGAGAAUUUCGAUAAGGCCGUCGAUAUCAUGGCCAAAGCUACGCAGGCGCCGAAGAAGUCUACGGUGGACUAUUUCGACGAAAGUCUCUCCCCUCAGCAACGCGUUCAUAAGAGUUGGAAGCUUUGGAGUUUCUAUGUGGAUCUGGUCGAGAGUGUUGCAACCUUGGAAGAGACGAGGAAGGUAUAUGAGAGGAUUUUUGAACUGCGCAUCGCAACACCUCAGACUGUGGUCAACUAUGCCAAUCUAUUGGAGGAGCAUAAAUACUUUGAGGAUUCCUUCAAAGUCUACGAAAGAGGCCUGGAUCUCUUCAGCUAUCCGGUUGCUUUCGAGCUCUGGAACCUUUAUCUCACCAAGGCGGUGGAUCGGAAGAUCGGCAUUGAAAGAUUGAGGGACCUUUUCGAACAGGCUCUCGACGGAUGUCCGCCGAAGUUCGCAAAGCCGUUGUAUUUGAUGUACGGCAACCUUGAAGAAGAACGCGGUCUGGCCCGACACGCAAUGAGAAUCUAUGAGCGUGCAACUCGGGCAGUUUCCGAUGAGGACAGAUUUGAAAUGUUCGAGUUCUACAUCACCAAGUCUGCCUCCAACUUUGGUUUGACAUCCGCGAGGCCUAUCUAUGAACGGGCCAUUGCGGCCUUGCCCGACCAGGAAGCCAAAGAGAUGUGCCUCAAGUUCGCAGAGAUGGAAAGGAGACUUGGCGAAAUCGAUCGUGCACGUGCGAUCUACGGCCAUGCUUCUCAGUUCUGCGACCCCCGUACCAACGCCGGCUUCUGGCAAAAGUGGGAGGCAUUCGAGGUCCAGCACGGAAACGAAGAUACCUUCAAGGAGAUGCUUCGUAUCAAGCGAAGUGUUCAGGCGCAGUACAACACCGAUGUCAACUUCAUUGCUUCCCAAGCAAUCGCUCGCAGCCAGCAACGCGCCCAGGAAGGCGGCACGGAGAGGGAAGGCGAGGAAGCAGACAUGGAUGCCUCCAAGGAGCGCGCGGACGCCAUGGCAGCUCUGGAACGGCAAGCUCGCGCCCCCGUGGGCUUCGUUGCCGCCAGCACCGGACCCGAGGGCGGCAAUCACGCUAUUGAUCUUGAUGAUGAUAUGGAUGCCGAAUAG